AUGCAAUACAAUAGGAAGCACCCCCUCCCCUGCUGGCAUUAUACCUUCAUAACUAGUUCUAUUAGCUAUUUAGAAUAUAUAGAGCUUGUUUACUUGAAAGCUAGGUCUGAGUUGCAGUUGUCAGCUAAUUAAAGGUUUUAAGCUCUGCCUUUCAAGAAAAUUACAAAAGCGGGGUAGUACUCAGCUUCUUCUUGUGCUAGGUGUUUCCUUUGUGAUAAAGGGGGAUUGACUGAGUGCCUCCCUGUACACUUCCCCGCUAAACUCCACGCAAAACUCCUUUGAUAUCCGUUAGCAAACUCAAAAGCUCUGGCUAGCAAAGGUCUGAGCCUUGUCUUCUUAAGGGCUGUUUCCAAACUGAGCAUCCAUUCCGCAGGCAUUUGGCCCCGCCCAUAAGCUGUGUGAUUCUCCUGCAGCUAAUCCUCACCCACGUCUCUCUAGGCAUAAUUGAAACUGAAACUGCCCUUCAAAAACAAACUCCUGGCCAGCCAAAAACCGGCCCCUAGGAAAAGCUAGCCCUAACAAACUCAACUUGUCCUUUCUCCCUUGCUUUCUUGUUGAUUUAUUUAUUUGCUUGCUUGCUUGCUUGAGGAAAGAAGACAAAAUGUUUGCUGCCUCCCCUGGUUUGAGCCUUAUCUUCUCAAGAGCUGCUUCCAGACCCAGGGCCUGCAAAAUGACCUAUUUUCUUCCUCUUGUUUGUUCUCCAGUCUCUGAUCUCAGCCCCCCUGUUUCCUGGCUAUGUUCCUGCUAGUUAUGGCUGACUUCUCCUCCUCCUGCUUAUUAAUGCGCUUCUGUCUUUCCCCAGCCACCUUUCCAUCGCUUUUUAGAGAGUAUUUGCUGGAAUUCAACUCAUUAGGGGCCAAAAGGGGGGGUUGCUCACUGUCCAGCAGAGCAGGAAUAAUACAAGCCUAGACCGCCAGCUCUGCCCUCACUCCCUUACCCAGCACUGUCUUUUCUCCCUCAUUGAGACUGGGGCAUAGCAACAACAACCAGCAACAAACUACAGAAACAAAUAAGGAUUUGGGGUAUUAACAACAUUCGCCAGCUGCACCAGACAUUUCUGCCCUUAUAUGGCAACAAAGGCAGGUAGCGACGGCAUUCAUUGCCGAGGGAAGGAGGGAACAAAGGUCACCCCAGUGCUUGCUCUAUUCAGGUACAGUCCGUCUCCAAGGUGCCACGGACCCACCAAGCAGACACCACGGCAAAGAUCCCACCCCAAAGGACUGAUCACCAUGCAGGACCUUGAUGCAAAAGUCACCAAGACUCUGAACAAAACCACACCUGGACUCCAGAUAUGGAGAAUUGAGAACAUGGAGAUGGUGCCUGUGCCACCCAAAACAUAUGGGAACUUCUAUGAAGGGGAUGCUUAUGUCAUUCUUUCGACUCAUAAGACUGGCAAUAACUUCAACUACGAUAUCCAUUUCUGGCUGGGCAACUCAUCAUCCCAGGAUGAACAGGGUGCAGCUGCCAUCUAUACUUCCCAGAUGGAUGAGUACCUGGGCGGGGUAGCAAUACAGCACCGAGAGACGCAAGGCUAUGAGAGUGACACCUUCCGGGGCUACUUCAAGCAAGGACUCAUCUAUAAGAAGGGUGGAGUGGCCUCAGGCAUGAAGCAUGUGGAGACCAACACAUACAACGUACAACGCCUGCUGCAUGUCAAGGGCAAGAAGACGGUGUUGGCUGGAGAAGUGGAGAUGAGUUGGAGCAGUUUCAACCUAGGUGAUGUGUUCCUCCUGGACCUGGGAAAGCUCAUCAUCCAAUGGAAUGGUCCUGAGAGCAACCGUAUGGAGCGGCUGAAGGGCAUGAAUCUGGCCAAGGAUAUCCGUGACCGGGAGCGUGGGGGCCGAGCGCAGGUGGGUGUGGUAGAUGGGGAGGAUGAAGCUGCCUCUCCUAUGCUGAUGAAGAUCCUGAUCUAUGUGUUGGGGGAGAAGAGGGAAAUCCAGCCAGCCUUCCCAGAUGCUGUGGUGGACCAGAAGCUGAAAUCCUCUCUGAAACUCUACCAUGUAUCUGAUGUUGAAGGGAACCUGCUUAUCCAGGAAGUUGCCAUCCAACCCCUUACCCAGGACCUCUUGAAGCAUGAGGACUGCUACAUCUUGGACCAAGGUGGCAUGAAAAUCUUUGUGUGGAAAGGCAGGUCCUCUAGCAAGGAGGAGAAGCAGGAAGCCAUGAAACGGGCCUUGGGUUUCAUCAAGGCGAAGAACUACCCAUUCAGCACCAAUGUGGAGACGGAAAAUGAUGGUUCUGAAUCGGCUGUCUUCAAGCAGCUCUUUCAGAAAUGGACUGUCCCCCAUCAAAGCACCGGCUUUGGCAAGACCAGCACAGUCGGAAAAGUCGCCAAAGUGGAGCAGGUGAAGUUUGAUGCCACCACUCUGCAUGCCAGGCCUGAGAUGGCUGCCCAGCACAAGAUGGUGGAUGACGGCUCUGGUGAGGUGGAGGUCUGGCGAAUUGAAAACUUGGAACUGGCACCAGUGGAGAGCCGCUGGCUUGGGCAUUUCUACAGUGGUGACUGUUACCUCAUCCUCUACAAGUACCAAGUCUACAACAAGAUCCACUAUAUCCUCUAUGUUUGGCAGGGCCGCCACGCCAGCCAGGAUGAGAUCACAGCCUCUGCCUACCAAGCUGUCAUUCUGGACCAGCAGUAUAAUGGGGAGCCGGUGCAGGUGCGAGUGACCAUGGGCAAGGAGCCUGCCCACCUUAUGGCCAUUUUCAAGGGGCGCAUGGUGGUGUAUCUGGGAGGUACCUCUCGAGCUGGCAACACAGAUCCAGUGCCCUCCACCCGCCUUUUCCAGGUUCAUGGGACCAAUGAGUACAACACCAAGGCCUUCGAGGUGUCUCCCAAAGGCACCUCCCUCAAUUCUAAUGAUGUCUUUAUUUUAAAGACUCCAAGCUGCUGCUACCUCUGGUAUGGAAAGGGUUGCAGUGGAGAUGAGAGGGAGAUGGCCAGGCAUUUGGCCGACCUUAUCUCCAAGACAGAGAAAGUAGUGAUCGCUGAAGGUCAGGAGCCUGCUGAAUUCUGGGUUGCACUGGGUGGAAAGACACAGUAUGCCAGCAACAAAAGAUUACAGGAGGAAACAACCUCCAUCACACCUCGGCUCUUUGAAUGUUCCAAUAAGACAGGCACUUUCCUUGCCACAGAGAUCACAGAUUUUACCCAAGAUGAUUUGGAAGAUGAUGAUGUCUUCUUGCUGGAUGCCUGGGAUCAGGUUUUCUUCUGGAUUGGCAAACAUGCAAAUGAAGCUGAAAAGGAGGCGGCAGCUGUCACCGCUCAAGAGUACCUGCACACUCACCCCAGCGGACGGGAUGUCGAAACUCCCAUUGUGAUUGUGAAACAAGGCUUUGAGCCUCCAACAUUCACUGGCUGGUUCCUAGCAUGGGACCCCCUCAAACUGACAGAAAAGAAAACCUAUGAAGAGGUGAAAGCUGAACUUGUGGAUGACAACAGCCUUAGCCAGCUCACUUCUGAAAUCCUUGAGGCAAAAGAUGUUUUCACUGCCAACACUAUCUUGGGCAAUCUGUCACUCUCUACACAUCCUCCAGAGAUCCUGGUGAACAUGCCUGCCGAAGAUCUACCCAAGGAUGUAGAUCCCAGCAGGAGGGAGGAGUACUUGUCAGAAGAAGAUUUUCUUGCUGUCUUUGCAAUGUCUCGACAGGACUUUGCUGCACUGCCCAAGUGGAAGAAACAGUCUCUCAAGAAGGAAAAAGGACUCUUCUAAGUGUUCUCUCAUUACUGCCAUUACCUGCAGGUGGAUGCACCUUUUUAAUUAAAGCAGACAUCAAAGCUUAACAGAAGUCUCAAAACAAAUCGUCAAGCACUGGGUAUUAAAAUAAAAAUUCCUUCCUAAGUCUCACAGAGCUAAUGGAGAGGCAGUGCAGCAGGGUCGGUGGGGGAAUGUAGCCUUUAAAACCUGCUGUUCCCUUGAAUCUUAUUUUUAUCCACCUAUAAACAAGAGAUAAUUUUUGGACAGUCACCAACAUCAAAAUAUUGCAUUCUACAAUUCCUAGUUAUUACUUAUAAUGUAAAGCUAUUUGGUACUUGUGCAAGACAUGCUUACAACACUUUCCCACAUAUCUGCAGUGACAGUACAGUAUGCUCAAUGUUAAUGGUUUCAAGUAGCUCUGUUUUACUAACCCCAUGGUUUUCUACUGAGAAAGCCUGUCCCUCCCCUGGGGAGACAGGAAAUAAUAAAUCCAUUUAAUUAUUUGAGUUAAACAGCUGCAUCUCCAUACAACACUAACUUCCCAGUUAAAAUGGCUUCUUUCCAGAUGUAUGAGGAACAAAAAAAAAAAGUGUUUUGUGAUCACACUUAUGAAAGAUUAGGACUAAUUGUCAGUGCAUACUAUCUUGCCUGGGAUUUAUGACUCAAUCAUCACAGAAGCAAGACAACAUUUUAAAGUUUGUUCUUAGAAUUUCUAGAAAUGACAGAGACGACUGGUGAUUACUGUUUCCAAGCUUUUAAAAUGACGAGUAGGGCUAGGUUGCCUUAUAGUGAUAGCAGUUUAAGAUAGUCACUUGCAGAACUGGAAGAAUGUCCUUAAUAAAGUUUACUCUAUGUGGGUCA